AUUGAGCUACACUCCGCCAGGCUGAACUGCGUUACGACACUGGGAGCUUGACCUUCUCACUAUCAACCAAGCUCAACACCAAUAUCAAACACUUCCUCCACGUACACACUUGCCACAAACUCCUAUAGCUGCAUACGAUAUUCUCACAGCUAUAGAACAACAACAGCGCCCAAUAUGGUUCUUGAGGCGGUUAUGGUUGUCGUAGACAACAGCGAGAGCAGCAGAAAUGGCGACUAUCAACCUACUCGAUUCGAAUCGCAAGUCGACGCUGUCAACAUCACCUUUCAGACCAUCACACAAGGAAACCCUGAAUCAUCCGUUGGCUUGAUGAGUAUGGGAGGCAAAGGACCUGAAGUGCUGGUGACUCUCACCACUGAGCAGGGCAAGAUCCUCGAGGGCCUUCACAGGACGAAGAAGAAGAUUGGAGGCUCAUCCCAUCUCAAGACGGGUAUCCAGGUGGCUACUCUUGCCUUGAAGCAUCGCCAGAACCGAUCCCAACGUCAACGAAUAAUAGUCUUUGUCUGCUCCCCCGUUGAGGAAUCAGAGAAGGAGCUUACCACGCUCGCAAAGAAGAUGAAGAAAGCUAACAUUUCGGUCGACUUUGUCCUGUUCGGCGAUCUCGAUGACGACAGCACCAAGAACAAGCUACAGCUUUUUAUUGACACCGUCAAGACCAACGAAGGCUGCCACUUGGUCGUCAUUCCUCCCAGCAGCAAGCUUCUUAGCGACCAACUCAUCUCGACCCCCAUCCUCCUUGGAGAGAACGCUGGCGGAUCUGGCGGAGCUGGAGGCGCAGGCGGUAGUAACGAUGAAUUCGAGUUCGGUUUCGACCCUGCAAUGGAACCCGAGCUCGCACUGGCUCUACGUAUGAGUAUGGAAGAAGAAAAGGCCCGACAGGAGAAAGCAGCUCGCGAGGAAGAAGAAGCUGCAAAGAAGGCCUCACUGAGCGACGUCAAGGAGGAAGAUGAGAACCAGGGAUCGAGCAGCAAGGACCAAGAUAAGGGCGGACAGAAAGGUGACGGAGACAAGAUGGACACUUCAUAGUAGAUUGCGGCCCAGCUCUGUCAACAUUGCAGCAAAUGUAUAAUAGACACAGGCUAGGGGGGUUUUAGACGACAGAAAAGAUUAAAGCCAUUACGAUACAUGCUGAUUCCGAUUACUCCGUAAAUCUAUCCAUUACCCGUCUAUCGAUUAUUGAUCUCCCGGAUGUACGAAAGUAGUUUCCGGUCAAAAAUAUCAC